AUGACUACUCUUUAUUUACACACUUUAAAAGAAUAUUUUUUGAGUUCCCAAAACAAGGGUUAUAUUGAGGCUUACUUAAUUAACCCGAAGUUAUCAAAAUGGGAUUUUGUAAUUUGUUUAUUGAUGUUUGUUUUUAUAACUAUAUUAAGAUUUUUAUUUUCAGGAGUUAAUAAGGUGAUGGUAAGAAAUGAUAAUAUCCUAUAUAAACUAGCAAAGAAUUCAUUAUUAGAUAAAAUAAAUAAAAAGUGGAAUGUUGCUAAAGAAGGUCAAUUAUAUAAAUGGAAAGAAAAUUUUUGGUUUGUAAUAUGGCAUAUUUUUUCUUUUUCAUAUAAUUUUAUUUUAUUGUUAUAUAUGUCUGGAUACUUUGAUAAUAAAAAUGGGUGGAUAAAAAUGAUGAUAAAAGAACCAACAGGAAAAUGGUUUUUUUUAGUAACAGAAGAAGAAUUUCGUGAAAAUAAAAGAGGAUGGCCAUUUAUGUAUACAAAUAAUUAUGUAUACUAUUUUUAUAUUUUGCAAAUAUCUUACUGGUCAUCUUGUCUUUUUUAUUUAAAUUAUGAAAUAAAAAGAAAAGAUUUUUAUAUUUUUGUUUUACAUCACAUUUCUACCAUCAUUUUGUUAAUAUAUUCUCAUGUACUUAAUUUUUGGAGAGUUGGAUUACUAAUUCUCCUAAUUCAUGAUAUAGUUGAUAUAACUCUUUAUUCUUCAAAGUUGUUAAAUUACUCAAAUUUAAAAAGUAGAAUACUUCUUCCUUUAUUUUAUAUAUUAUUUGUCUUAUCUUAUUUUUUUUUUCGUAUAUUUUUAUAUUUUUAUUAUAUUGUCCUUCCUUUGAGUAAUAUGAAAAUAAUUAAAACUUAUACUGAUGGUUUUAUAUCAUCACAUUUUGAUGUUCCAGGUGGUGUAGUUUUAAUUGUUUUUUUAUGGGCAUUAAUGUUUAUGCAUUGUUACUGGUUUUACUUAAUCUUAAGGAUGAGUCGUGUUUUUAUAGUUAAAACAGUGAAAAAUGAAAAAAUUACAGAUAUAAGAAGUGACAAUGAAGAUGAUAACGCCUCCACUAUAGAAAGCAUAAAAAAGGAAAAUUAA